UUGCGGAGGAGCCCAGGGUGCUGAGGACGGGUCAGGAACCCACACAGACCUGCCUCAGGWGCCAGAUCCUGCUUCUCACAAGAUGAGAGAUUUGCCUUGUGAGUCUGAAAUGAGACCGAUGAACAACAAAGCCACUCAUGAGACUCCAGAGGAUGCCCUGGGUCCCCAGGAUGGAUCAGCAGCCACRGGGACAGAGUUGCCUCAGGUGCAGGAUCCUGCUGAACGCAAGCAGAGAGAACAUGAUCCUCUGUUUGAGCAGAGUGAGCCCUGCCUCAGGGAUGGGAUUGGAGAGGAAGCCCAGGAUUGCCAGGAUGGAUUAGCAACGGGACUCACACAGAGAAACACCCUUAGAGAAGAUCUGGCUCCAGUCAAGUGGAUAAGAUCCCAUCCCAAGAUCACCCUGGGGGUGCUGGCUCUUCUGCUCGUUUUGGUGGUGGCCUUGGCUGUUGUGUCAGGAAGAAGCUGUGGAGAGACUCCAGUUGCCCCAGUUACACCAGUUACAGCUGUGACUUGUGUAGUGCUGGCCUGUCCCGAUGACUGGAUCGGGCACCGUGGGAUCUGCUACUUCCUCUCGAGGGAUCAGCUCAGCUGGGAUCAGGCUCAGGCUCGGUGCUCUGAGCUCGGGGCCUCCCUGGCCGUGCUCAAGGACUGGGAAAUGGAGUUCCUCUUCCGUCUCACCAGGAACGAGGAUCACUGGCUCGGGCUGCACAGACAGGGCCGGGAGCUGCAGUGGGGGGACGGCAGCAGCUUCAACUCCUCGGUUCCAGUCCUGGGCAAUGCAGAGUGUGUGUUCAUGGCUGAAAACAAAYUCGUGAGUGGAAACUGCUUGAAUCCGCUGCCCUAUAUCUGCCACAAGGCCCAAACUCAUUGUUAACAGAGGAUGGAGAAAGGAYCUUCUCUGUGCUGGGCAGUCUCAGCUUCUCCACAUCCCACACCAGCACGGGGCUGUCCUUCCUCAGCUGCACCAUCUGCCUUGUAGGGUCACCUCAGUGCCUGCUCUGGGAGUCCCUGAGUCCCUUCCCUCCUGCUUUUCCUGCCGAGCCCCCUCCUGUUCUCCAACAGGGACACAAAGGGCGGUGUCAGUGCUCGGUGUCCCUGGGCUCCGACCCACCAGGGCAGGGGAUGCAGGGAACAGUCCUGAGCAGCCUCAGGGUUGGUUAUUGGCAGUGUCACUUCAGUGACUGUUCUCGUGAAUACCUCAAUGCCUGUUCUUGUGAAUGCCUCAGUGCCUACCCUGGGGCCGCCUCAGAGCCACUUUGUAGGGUCAUCUCAGGACCUGGUCUGAAGGAGAUGAACCUGCAGGAAGAGGARAUGAUGUAGAAGCUGAUGUGUGCCUGCCUGGGCUGGGGCUGUGGGUUUCUAUUUCCUUCUGGAACCAUUCUGUUUCGCUCAGAAAGUCAUCCUAUUUCUCUUGCACUAUAUAUUUAUAUCCUUUCCCUCUCUAUAUGUGGAUAUAGAUGUAAAUUGUGUGCUGCCAUAUGAAAGUAGCAUUUCCUUGGCUGGGGUAUGGCACUAAUAAUGCCAAGGCUGUGAUUUGACCCCAGAGGCACCAUUCCCUUAAGAGUCAGACUUGACCCUUGCAGG